CCGUGAAAAUACCGGAUCUUUGACGUCGUCGAUUGACCAAAAAGGACAAAAGAUCUUUGGACCGUUCCGUGGGCAGAGAUCAAGAGACUUCGGACAAUCAGAAGCCCCUGUGGCCAUCCUACAUUGCAAAUUUGGGCUUGCCAAGAACCCAACCAUGAUGAGACUAUCCACUCGAUCAAGGCGCGCUGCCGCCGUGGUUUCCCCUGUUCUCUUGGUGCUUCUUCUGUUGUUCGCUCUGCCAACAUGCGACGCGUUUGUCCCGACCCAUCUCGCUACCCCAAAGCUAAUACUACCCCAAGAUAAUGGCUUGGUCGUUCUCCCACGCACCACAGCAACACCACCAUCCUCCACGGCAUUAUCGGUAUCCUCGAGAAAGGUGCAGCUGGCCAUGCAAUCCAACAACUUUCUGCGUGGCAAAAUCUUGUUAAUCUUGAGCAAAUUCCUCGUGGCGCCGGUAACGUACUAUCAAGUGAUCAAGCAACUUCUGGUUAAUACCUAUUGGCCCGAAGUCUUUUUGAUUGGGGCCACGGUCAAUGCCAUGCCCAUGGCACAGUGGUAUUUUAUCAGACAGCAACGACGAAACGAAAAACGCCAGCAAGAAGAAGAAUCCGAUGGACCCAUGAUUGCCGACAGCACUGUUGUUACGUUGGAGGAGGAAGACGACGAAGAAGCCAAAGAACAACAAUUGUUACAAUGGAAGCAAUCCUUCACUGCCACCAAACUCCACAAGCUAGCCGUCGUGCUGCAACAAUUCGGAAUUCUACAAUGCACACUCUAUAUCUCCGAUGUCACCUUGCUCUUCUUGAAACUCAUGAAGUUUACUUUUGUGCAACAAUACCAAGCCCAAAAAGUGGCGGGUGCCAUUAUCUUCAGUUUUUGGUUGGCCAACAAUGUCUCCCGUCUCAAGUUUUAUUACCUCAAGAAUGGAGUUCCUUCCUGGUCCAUCGCGAGUAUUCGCAACCAACAACGACGUGACCGACAACGACGAGUCAAUGGAACCGGCAAAGGCUCCAUGAAAGCCUACAAUCGUUUUGCCAACCGCAUCUUGGAUGUCCUUAUUUACAUGUGUGCCUUUCUCACGGUCGUGGACAUGCUGGGGAUUCAAAUUGGAUUCGCGCUCAAGUCCAUUUUUGGAUUGGGAUCGUUUGGGACCCUCGUCUUGUCCCUGGCAAGCAAAGACGUGGCGGCCGAGUUUGUCGGUGGUCUCAUGAUUCAAUCGUCCAAUUUCUUUGAUGAAGGGGAAAUCGUCAGUCUGCAAGACGGGACCACGGGAACGGUCCUCAAGAUUGGUUGGUUGCACACCUACAUUCAGAAAGAAAAUGACAACUACGUUGUCCGAGUUCCAAACUCGCAGAUAUCACAUCAGCGGAUCGCCAGGCAGAAGAGAACAACAAUUGGAGGUAGAAACAACAAAAGGUAUCUCUAAAACGAUGCAACGGAGUGGUGUAUUGAAUCCUACAACUGAAUACCUUCAUACAUACAGCAACAAGCUGCUCAGUUACAUAGAUUACCCAGAAAGAACUAACUAAAUAGAGAUCGACUACAAAUUCAGGUACACCACAGACC